CCAGGCAAGAGCCUCGCCGGCUAUCCGUAUUAUCCUGUCAUGCUGCUUGCACAUGAGUCUCACUCAACCGCCAAAAACCACCUACAUCUAGACUGGUCGUUGCCUCGUUGGCUCGCAAGCCGGCAACUCAACCCGUAUCGCCCGAGUCGCUCCCAACACCGGUUGCAUCGUGAUCAAAUUUCAAACUACCCCAGUUAAAUGAGUCAAUGCUAAUGAACCGCACGGCGAAACUAUGUGGCCGCAGCGGACCCCCUUUUCCUUGUUGCUUCUCCGCGGUCGAGCGUAAACUAGUACUCCGUACCUUGUGCUCUUUAACUACUGGAAUUCCAGACUCGGGUUCUGGUGAAAUUGGUCGUCAUGUCGACAAGUCAGCCAUCUGCAAAGAUGUUUCUUGUUCAAGUGCUCCCUCUUGCGGUUUCUCUGCUCUUCACGCAGCCUCUCGGUGUCCUUGCCAACGACUGCCAGCCCAUAACAUGGACAAAGGAUCGGGCCGCAAAACGGUCUCCUGCCGGCGCCACCGACACGGCCGUUGCUCCGAUUGCCUCGGCCGUGAUGCCCAUUGUGGCUCGCAAUGAGAGUGAGACCCGCAUCACCCGGCCCCCCAUCCAGCCCGGCGAGAUCAAUUGCCGCUUCUGGCACAAGACAUACGAGGAUCCAAACUACUACACGUGCACCGAGAUGGCCAACCUGUACGGCAUCACUCUCAAGGACUUCUUCUUCUUGAACCCAACCGUGCUGCCGGACUGCUCCAACCUCGAACCAAACACGAAAUACUGCGUCAUCGGGUUUAUUGAGCCCCUUCGCUCUACCGACGGCUUCUGUGGCCCUCAGCACAACAAUGCCACCUGCCUGGGAACCGAGGCGCAGUGCUGCAACGCAGAAACAUGGACCUGCGGUAACACCGAAGCGGAUUGCGCCGACGGCACGUGCUAUGAAGGAGCCUGCUUCGGCGACAAGGAGUAUAGCACCGAUGGUACUUGUGGCUGGCAGCACGGCAGCCGAAUGUGCGCCGGCAAAUGGGGAGAUUGUUGUCACCACAACGGUACCUGCGGCACCGGCACUGCCUUUUGCGCCAAGGGGAACUGUCAAUCGGGAAACUGCGACUGGGAUGCCAUUUUCAAUUUGACAACCACUUCGGCGCCGGCAAGCAGCACCAGCAGCAGCAGCACUACCACCACCUCCACCACCUCCUCUUCCUCCACCACCACCACCACUGACCCCAGGGCAUGGCCCACCUUCACUAUUACCAACUGCGUAGGCGGCACGGGUCCGGGGGAAAAAGCCCGCAGCCUCUGUCGGAUGACCUGCGACCGCGGCUUCUGCCCGCCGCCUUGCACAUGCACGGCUCCCGGCACCCCCAAUCCUCUUCCCGAUACGCCUCCGGGAUUCCACUGCUGGGCCGUGUUGUCGAUGCCCGCCGAGUAUGACCCUCUGUGUAGCUUCAUAUGCGCCUACUACGGCACAGGCUGGAUGCCCGUAGGGUAUUGCACCGCGAUCCCCUACACCACCACCCCCUCCGACCCUCGCGCCGUAUGCGUCCGGGGCGAGGGCGAGGGCGACUACAAGGGCUUGUGCGACUUCUCCUGCCGCUACGGCUUCUGCCCGUCAGACACCUGCUCGUGUACCCUGUACGGCGGCCCAGGGACGUGGUGGGAGACACAACCAGACGAGACGGGAACCCCGGGUGUGCCGGCGCCAGGCAGGGACGAGAGCUUCGCCGAGCUGUGCAACUAUGCGUGCAAUUACGGGUAUUGCCCUGCCGAAUUUUGUGUGAUUCCCUAAAGCGCGUUGCAGGUUUUGUACCCGACAUAAGAACCACAUCCCAUAGAUAAGGCGGUGUAAUACAUUGUGUUGAACACUGGUUUGAUUACUAAAUAAUCCCGGGAAACGUACAUUUCACUGGUUACGUGAGCAGAGGGGGGUUUGGGCACUAGCUGGAUAAUGGUGAAUUUGAUUGAGAAUAAGUACCUUAGGUACAGUGGCUCAGGAUGAGAAAAAAAGAGGCCUGACUAAACCUCCGCCCAAGGCAAACACAUCACACAUCUGCUUGCCACUUCAUACAGGAAAAGGGGCUCCAGAUGGGGAGGUAGACCGUAGCCCUC